AUGCGACAUUCGUCAGAUCGCAGACGCGCUGGAUGCGCCUCUUCGAUAUGUCGCCUUCUAAUCCCAAUGCUCUCAUUUGGAUUUCUCGUCCAUGGAGUGUCUCCGGACGAUUCUCUCGCCCUUCGAAGCUUGUGGGCGGAUACUGCACAUCACGGGCCGCGAAUUGGAGUUCCUAAGAGGGACCUGGGCGAUUCAGACAAUUGGGAUGGAAAGAUACCGCUGAUUGUCACCAACAACUGUGGCUCCACCAUAUGGCCCGGAAUCGCAACACAGGCCGGCACAGGACCAGGCACGGGAGGCUUCGCGCUCUCCAAAGGGAAGAGUAGGAGGGUUUGGGUCAGCCCGGAUUGGCAGGGGCGCGUCUGGGGUCGUACGAACUGCACCGUCAAGGGAGAUUCGUGCUCUUGCAAGACAGGGGACUGUCUAGGGAAGUUAGACUGCGAGUUCAGUGGCGCAACUCCAGCAACGCUCGCCGAAUUCAACCUGGCCGGUGGAGUUCAUAACAAGCAGACAUUCUACGAUAUCUCUCUCGUCGAUGGAUACAAUCUCCCCAUCGGCUUAAAGUACAUCCCUGCCAAAAACACAUCGUAUAUCCCCCCAAACCUCACCAACUGCAUGUGCAUCGCAACUCCUGGGUGGAUUUACGCUGAAGCCGAAACGGGAACCUACUACACAAAUUCUUCCUAUCCCGUCCCAUUGGAAACGAAGGUUAACAAUGACAUGGCCCGGCGAUGGUGCCCCUGGCCGUAUCUUGCCUUUCCGCCCACUAAGCCUGGGGACGGUAUCUACCCCUACCCAGAUGACAAGAUCCAGCGACCCGAAUUUGCGCCAUGCAAGAGCGCCUGCGCCGCGUCCGGUAACGACAAGGACUGUUGCGUGGGCAAGUACCAUGACCCCGACGUUUGCAAGCCAUCAGAUUACAGCAAAGCUGCCAAGGCCAUGUGCCCUGACGCAUAUAGCUUCGCCUUUGACGACCAAUCGUCGACUUUCAUCAUCCCCAUGGGAGGCGGUUGGGAGAUCACCAUGUGUCCCAAAGGACGCUCAACUAACAUUCUGCGUCAGUUGGGAGACGAAAUGAGCGAGAUAGCCAGCUCAGGGAAACUGUCAGACUUGGCCAUCAAGCGGUUGAAAAACGUCACAUAUAUCGAAUCUGAACGGGAUGCCGCAAAUGGUCUUCGGCCAGUGAUGGCCACGUUGGUAUCGACAGCUCUGGUGGUGGGAUUGUGGCUAUUGCUGUAA